AUGGGUUGUGGGGUGAGGGAGACAGUGCUGGGCACCUUGGGGAAGGUGACCAUAUUGCAGAUCCCUGAGGAACUCCAGGACCUCACCCUGCGCUUCGGGGAGGCCGUUUGGAAGCGGGACACAGAAGAUCCACAGAGGAAACUUGUCCUGCUCAAGUAUUCAGAUGGUAACUACACCAACUACAUGGAGGGAAGAACUCGUUUCCACAAGUCGGACUUCUCCCUGGAGAUCCUGAACACCAGCCGGCAGGAUGGGCAGCUCUACGAGUACAUAGUCAGCAAAGGGCCGGAGGAGAAGGUCUGGCAGAUACAGCUGGAGGUGUACGAACCAGUGUCUGAUCCCAGCAUCCACAUCCUCAACUGGGCGUUGGCCAACAACAGUUGUACCAUCACCCUCAACUGCACAGCAGAACGAGGGGACAACAUCUCCUACAGUUGGGGCAGCCAGGACACCAACACCAUGGGGUUCUGCUCCCACAACGGCAGCCUUUUGCACCUCUCCUACCCCUUGCAGAACACAAGCAUCUCCUGCUCCUGCACGGUCAGCAAUGCCGUCAGCAGCUGGGUUGUCCCCUUCAACUCCUCCAAGUGCAGCUACGAGCAAGGGGGGCUGGUGAUUGACCUUCUCCUCUAUCUGCCCUCCAUCCCAGGCAGCGCCAGGCUGAGGACAGAGCUGGUGGUGGUGGUGGUGUCCAUCAUCACAGUCCUGGUGCUCAUCGGGGUCAUCACGGCCACCCGCUUGGCCACGUGCAUGGCCCACCAGCAGCACUCUCACUCACCGCUCGCCGAGGACGACAUGGUGCACACCAUCUACUCCCAAGUGCAAAGGGUGGAGAAGCAGAAAGGGGUCCCCAUCCCUGAACACCCCUCCUGCACCACCAUCUACGCCGCAGCCACCGGUCUGCCCCCAGACACGGCCCUGACCCACAGCAGAACCCCCCACCCCUUGACAGAACCACCCUCCAUGAAGAGUCACCCACCUCUCUUGCAG